GAUGUCACCUAUCAUCAUCACUAAUUUGAAUUAACAUACUUAAGUCCUGGCAAGUAAGAGGUGGGAAUAAUGUCUGUACCAAGAUUCCAAAAAAUAAACUUUGGGACAUAUGAUAAUUACAUUCCAGUCAGUGAAUUAAGCAAAAAAUCAUGGAAUCAGCAACACUUUGCCCUGGUUUUUCCCAAACCACAACGGCCAGGAACAAAAAGGAGAUCAAAACCUUCUCAAAUACGGGACAAUGCAGCUACUAAAAUUGAUGAAGAACAAUUAAAAGGUCGCAAGAGACCAUUAUGGAUGUACCGUUCUUUAAUGAGAAUUUCUGAGAGACCAUCUGUUUAUUUAGCUGCCAGGAGGAAGCCACCACAAAAACCAGUUCCAUCCUCUAAGGGAGAUGCUAAAGGAGCACCUUCAGAGAAAACUUUAUCCCCAAGAUUGAGUAAGAAAGUUAAAGGAGACAAGAAAGCAGAGGACACAUCAGAUUCAGAAUCAGAAGCAAAAAAAGAUAAGAAAGAUUUAAAGACAGAUAAGGGUAAGGAUAAAGGACCUAAAGAUGGAAAACCAGAUGCAAAAGGCAAGGGCAAGGAUUCAGCUUCAGAAUCUGAAGGUGAAAAACCAGGUGCAAAGAAGGAUAGCAAAAAAGAUAAAAAAGGUGUGAAGGGCAAGGAUUCAGCUUCAGAAUCUGAAGGUGAAAAACCAGGUGCAAAGAAGGAUAGCAAAAAAGAUAAAAAAAGUGUGAAGGGCAAGGGUUCAGCUUCAGAAUCUGAAGGUGAAAAACCAGGUGCAAAGAAGGAUAGCAAAAAAGAUAAAAAAAGUGUGAAGGGCAAGGAUUCAGCUUCAGAAUCUGAAGGUGAAAAACCAGGUGCAAAGAAGGAUAGCAAAAAAGGUAAGAAGGAUUCAAAGACGGGCAAAGAUACAACUUCCGAUUCAGAAGGUGAAAAGAAGGGUAAAGAUGCAAAGAAAGGUGAUGAAGCAAAGGAUGCCAAGAAAGAUGCAAAGAAAGAUUCAAAGAAGGGGAGUAAAAAAGAUGAAAAGAAGCCUGGUGGUGAAAUAAAGGAUGAAGCCAAGAAGGAUGCCAAGAAAGAUGACAAGAAAGAUGCCAAGAAAGAUGACAAGAAAGAUGACAAGAAAGAUGCCAAGAAAGAUGACAAGAAAGAUGACAAGAAAGAUGCCAAAAAAGAUGACAAGAAAGAUUCUAAGAAAGAUGCCAAGAAAGAUGUCAAGAAAGAUACUGACACAGAAUCUGCUGACUCAAAGGGUGAUGCAAAGAAGAACACAAAGAAGAGUAUAAAGAAGGCCAAGUAGGCCUUGCAUCCUAGUUUAAACUGAAAGAAAAAUUGAAAAAAAAACAUAUUUGACAAACCAAUUUUAGUAGCCUGAAGCUGAAUCUAUGAGUAAAAAUGCAGUUUCAAACAAUUAAUCAAGUACUUUUUAAAGGAGGGCAAAGAAGAAUACAAGGGACUUGGAAAAGAUGUGUAAAAAUGUAAGAAAGAUGUUAAGAAAAAUCAAGGGAGGAGCCAUUGAAGGAAUUAAAGAAUACUUAUGCUAAAGUUGGAAGUAUGAAAAAUUCAACCAAAGAUUCCUAAAAAGAUUCAAAGAAGUAUCUUCAAAUAAGGACAUAGAAGAUAAUGACACUGAAUACAAAAACAAAAACAGAAAACUGUUCAAUAAAGGCUUAAAAGAAUCCAAGGAGGCCGAUGAUGUAUGUAUGAUUCAAAUAAUCUCAAGCUGUAUUCAUAGAUUUAAAUAAGGAAUUACAGGAGUCACAAAAGGAAGUUAAAGAACUUUCCAAAAGUUUACUUUCAAUUAAAUAUAAGUUAAAGAUAGCUUUUCUCAGGGAAAAAAAAAAAAAGAAAGAAAAAGAAAAGAAAAACAAAGAAAAUAUGACUUCCCUGUGAGCUUACACCAUCCUCUCUGAAGAUUAAACAACCACAAUCAUGUUUAUGGUUGUUGAAUGUUCCACUUCCAAGCCAAGAUAAGCACAGUGGGUUUCUACUAGAAUUUUAUCAAGUUUGGGCUUUCUCACUCUAAGAAAUAUUUGAAGAACAUGGAGAAACCAUCAAAUAAAUGAAGCUUUAAAAAGUGUCCAGGACUACUAUGAAGAUCUAUUGGACAUUAUAGCACACUGGAGAAGUGCAACGUCCCAUUCAGCUGGUGAUCUUCCUGUCUUAGAAGUCGCUUGACAGCUCUAAUUUUGAAUGGAUCACAUUAAACACCUCGUGAGAAUAUCUAUUAAAAACAUCUACUCACCAGA